AUGUUCCAGCCGUGGCAACAGCUGGCCUUUGCUCAAAGGGCGUUGCAGCGCUUGACGCUGAGCCCCUUCCAGCUCCAGCUUCGAUCCUACGCAACGAAGAAGUCGGCCAAGUCCAAAGCUAAAAUCGAAGCGAAACUCGCAAAGCUUGGCGAUGCAUCACAAUCAAAAGGCGCAAAUGGCGGCUCUGCCGUCAUCCGAACCUACAAGCCCCGUACGCCCGGUGUUCGGCAUCUGAGGCGUCCAAUUAACGACCAUUUGUGGAAGGGCCGCCCCUUCCUUGCGCUCACAUACCCGAAGAAAGGCCAAUCGAAAGGUGGACGAAACGCUUCCGGAAGGAUCACUGUCAGACAUCGAGGAGGUGGUGCCAAGAGGAGAAUCCGCGUCGUCGAUUUCGAGCGCAGGGUACCAGGACCCCAUCUGGUAGAGAGAAUUGAGUAUGAUCCUGGGCGAAGUGCCCAUAUUGCUCUCCUGAGCGAAAAGGCGACGGGGCGGAAGUCAUACAUCAUUGCAGCUGACGGUAUCCGGGCUGGCGAUGUUGUCCACAGCUACCGCGCUGGUAUCCCUCAAAAGCUCCUAGCUAGCAUGGGCGGUGUCGUUGAUCCCGGUAUCCUCGCCUCAAAGACCGCCUUCAAGGGCAACUGCUUGCCAAUUCAUCUGAUCCCUGUGGGAACGACAGUCUUCUGUGUUGGAUCUGCUGCAUCCAGAGGGGCCGUCUUCUGCCGCAGUGCCGGUACAUCUGCCGUUAUUGUGAACAAGAAUGAGGAGACCAAGGACGAUGGUUCCAGGGUGAUGACUGGCAAAUACGUUGAGGUUCGACUGCAGAGUGGCGAGGUUCGACGAGUAAGCAAGGAUGCUUGCGCUACGAUUGGUGUUGCUAGCAACGUCCACCACGCCUUUAGACAACUCGGCAAGGCUGGACGAAGCCGAUGGCUCAACAUCAGGCCAACCGUUCGUGGUGUGGCCAUGAACAAAGUUGACCACCCUCAUGGAGGUGGUCGAGGAAAGUCGAAGUCUAACCGCCAUCCCGUCACGCCCUGGGGCAAGCCUACCAAGAGUGGUUUCAAGACUCGCCGCACUCACAACCCCAACAAGUGGGUUGUCCAAGCUAGACCUAGAAACCAUGGUGUCAGGCGAAGCAAGCGCUAG